AUGGAAAACACAACAAAACUACAUGAAUUUACCGAAAUUUCUUUGGAAACCCUGGUUCCACUUAUCGUUCUAUUGGCUAUUAUUGUGUACUGUUUGAUUAUCGCUGCUGUUUUCGUGUUCCUCUGCACAAAGCAUCCGCAACAUCUGAAACAAUCUCCUUCACAAGGUUCUUUGCAAGAAUUUGCAUCCUUCAUGGACUGUUCCAUGAUACUGCAAUGUUUACCAUGUACGGCUUGUAGUCCGCGUAGAGCUCUACGGUCAUGUUGCCCAAAAACGGAAUGGCUUCGACAUCUCGCGACCUGUGAAUGUUUGCGUCCACAACUUCGAGGAGAACGAGCCCCUGGUGUCGAUCUUGUAUGCUGCGUUGUAUGCGAGAGGUAGCG